UUAACCCCCCCAAAAAAAUAACAUAACACAAAAUCUACUCCUCCCAAACACAUCUAAUUUAAUGUGGAUCAAAUUAUGAUAAGCUUAGAGAAAUAAGGCAAACAAUAAACAUGGCUACCUACCCUAAUGUUUAUGAUUUUUUCACCACGACACCAAACUAUGCAGUGGUUGCAAGACCUCUGGCCAUCAUUGGAGGCGCAUACCUAGCAUUCGCUUACUUGCAUAGCGGCGGCUGGUGGAAAGAAAGAACGCCAAGAGUACGUAAGAGGUCGGUAACCCUAGCCACUCUGCAAGGCGGUGAAAUGGCUUUGCAAAGGUUGAAGGACUAUCAAGAAGCUCGAGCCAACGCUCAAAAUCUAGAUGGAAUUGAGAAAACAUUGAAAAAAUUAUUACUUUCUUCAGAGAAUGAACUCCAAGAACUUGAUUUUCCAAGUAUGCAGAGGAUUGUUGCCAAAAUUGAAAUGACUGGAAAUGAAGAGAGAGCAGUGCAACUUCUGAAGAAAAAAUUGGAUGAAGAAAUAAACCCUUAUGAGGCUUAUGAGAUCGAGAUGUUACUUGUGGAAAUGCUCAUUUACAAGGGUAACUAUAAGGGGGCAAACAUAAGGAAAUGCUUAACUGAACAAAAGAUUUCUGAUGCACGUCGUCCCCUAUAUCAGGCUAUUAUCUCCAUGGCUUUAGAGCCCUCCAAAACAGAAGAAGCAGAAGAAUAUUGGAAUGAUUUUAUUGAGUUAAGAACACAUUUUAGUGUAGAACCUGCCUUUAGAGAAAGCAUGGAAGAAAUCGGCAUCUUUAAAAUCAGUACAAAUUUCCAAGAGUUUCAAAUGGUAGUGAAGAAGCUUCAGGAGGACAUCAACAAGGAACAAGAGAAGAGGUUAAAGUCUGAUUGGUUUGCAAUUAGAAGAUUGUAUUUUUUAAAAGACUUAAGAUAAAAAUCCAAAAUUAGUGUAUGAAAAUAUGUUUCUAAAAUGGUUACUGAUUACAGUAUCUUAUUUUUAGUUUUUU